AUGAUGGCUGGGUGGGCCUCGGCAUGGAACGUGACAGUCUUGCCGUUAGGUGAUUCGAUCACGUAUGGAUGGGAGUCGUCAGACGGGAAUGGCUACCGCGAGGGUCUGCUCGAACUCAUAGAGGCGAGUGGCAAUGCGGUGGACUAUAUUGGCUCUAUCCAAGCCGGGUCGAUGGCGGACAACUGGAACGAUGGCUACAUCGGCUGCACGAUUGAACAGAUUGCCACCAAUGGUGUUUCGGCCUUGCAGAUGGUGCCAAAGGUAGUGCUCCUGCUCGCCGGGACGAACGACAUCAACUAUCAAGAAGACCUAGCUAACGCACCGGCGCGUCUGGACUCCCUCAUCGACGAGAUCUUCUCGUACACUCCACAAGCGACCGUCCUCGUCUCUGAUAUACCGCUGAUCGUCGACGACACCCUCGAGCCUCUGGUGAAGACGUACAACGCGGGUGUUCUGGAUCUGGUCAACGGGCGCAUUGCGGAUGGUCAAAAGCUUGUACACGUGUCCCUCGAUGCUCUCACGUCUUCUGAGAUGGCAGACGAGUUGCAUCCAAAUGAUGAAGGAUACCAAGUUCUCGCGAAGGCCUGGUAUACCGGGGUUCAGACUGCCGCAGCAAAGGGAUGGAUAGCAUCAUGA